AUGCAGUCAGUCGUGUCCCGGCCCCAACCCCUUACCCCCACUUCUUCAUCCUCCCACGGUCCGCGAAAAAGCAGUUCUUUUAUGUCGCUCGGACGUGAGAAGUUGAAGACUCCGCCAACACCUGCUGAGGCUACCAAAGCCUCCUACUUUGAGGCUUACCCUCGUAUUCCAACCAGAUCGAAGCAACGAACCGGCCAAUCAUCGACUCCACGCAGUCCACCUGUUGCUUUCCCCUCCGUCGACCCACCCCUCGAAACUUCCUCCCACCAGUCGAUAAGACAUAGAGCGCUAACUGGCCCUUCAAAUCCAGCAUGGACACGUGGAGUCCCCGACCUUCGCUUUUCUGGCUCGUCCACACAACAUACAGAAACCCCACCCGAAACCCCAGUUGACAGUUUUGACGGCAGCUCAUUUCGCGACUUUGCAGUCGUUGUCUCUGCGCCCGUUUCUGGGGUCGAAAUGAUGGAUGCUUUGGUUGACGGAAUGAAUGGUGGCGAGGACGAGAGACCGAGUCGACAGCGUUUCGGUAUACCCAAUCAUCACCCUCUCUAUGAACCACCCCUUCCCACACCGCCGCCCGGGGUAAUUCUAGGUCCGCCGAAGCAACGACGACCAAAGCGUUACUCGCAGUCAAGCGACUCGAGCAGUGAGGAUGAGCCACAACCUCCAGUCAGACCCCGAAGAAGACGGCCCAAACCAUCUCCCCCUUCUCGCGCAAAUUCUGCUUCUACCAUUGUCUCACCACCAGAGACACCUGUUAUCGACCAGCCAUCUCCUUCGCUGCCACGAAAACCGGUCAUUGUGCCCUCAAUAUCCGACAUUAUACGCACACAUGGACCUCAAACGCAAUUGCGGUCUCGUCCUUCACUUAGAGCCUCCUCUGUCUACUCUCACAGUCAAGGCCAUUCUACGGUUCAUGAAGAGUCAGAGCCUGAGCCACUGACAAUGGAGGAAGAAGCCGACUUUCUGUCCCGUUCCUCUGUCGACAGCAUUGCGGAUGAGGUCCAACAGACCUUGCGUACCCAAGCUGCCCUGAGGCCAGCGCCAGUAAUCCAACCAUCCUCCUCAUUUCGAAGAUAUUCAACUUUCUCCGAUACGAUGAGCAUUGCCUCGCCACGGUCGGAUGGAGCAGCUGGCACAUCGCUUUACGCUCCUUCAGUCAUGUCCAAUCCUCAACCUUCCUCCCCCAUCGACGUCAACUUCCUUUCGUUCACCAAGCAGCCUUCAGCUUCCCAAGCUGUCGCUCAAUAUAUUCGUUCUGCUAGAUUAACUACACUACUCAAACUCACCCGCUCGCCCCACGCUUCUCAAGAUACUCCGCUGACUGUAAGUCUGUCAGACUUAGGGAGUCCCAGCGGAUACCCCGUUGUGGUUUUCCUCGGCUUAGGUUGCGUCCGCCAUGUGAUGGGCCUAUAUGAUGAUAUGGCACAAUGUCUAGGGCUCCGUCUCAUCACCAUUGACAGAUGGGGUCUUGGUCGCACUGAGGCAAGGUCAAAAUCCUCGAAGGGCGUCAUGCAGUGGGCGUCGGUCGUUGAGGAAGUCCUUGACAUGCUUCAAAUUGGUGAAUGCAGUGUGAUGGCCCAUUCAGCGGGAACUCCAUAUGCCCUAUCUUUUGCCAACAAACUCCCCGAACGCAUACGAGGAAACAUUUUUCUGCUGGCGCCAUGGGUUGGCGGCAGCGAAAAUAGCGGGUACAAAUGGCUCAAAUACGUGCCCAAUGGAAUUCUCAAGACGGCGCAAGCUGCUGAAUGGAAGAUUCAGGCGUGGAUGAUUGGGAAGCCUCCAACAAUCGCGUAUGAAGGCAUUGGAUACACUGCAGCACCACGACCAAAGCCUCCUCCCCUACCCCCAGUCACGACGAAGUCGGCAAGUCAACAAGAAAGUCGUCCGAGGCCUAGUAUGGGGAGUGCAUUCAGCGAAUACGACGACUUGCGCGAUUUCGAUGGUCGGUUCGAAAGCAAGAGUACUCUUGGUGCGGGCAAUCCAGUUCAGGUUGCCAAGCGGAAGCCAUCUCGCAAAUUCUUGAACAUCUUGAAGCCAACAUCUCCUGUUGAAGAAUCGAAGCCUGUUCAGGGCGGCAAGAAAUUGAAGGCACUCCGAUCAAUGGGGUCACUAAGAAGCAAAGCCUCAGCACGAACAUCAGCCAAGCGAUCAGAACCUUCUAGUCCACAGCUCCCUACACCACCGAAGCUUGACUUUGGGUUGGGGUUGGAUGAUAUCAACUGGUUGAAGGGUGGAGGUUCAGAAACUUCAUUGAUUCCGGACAACAAAGGCAUCAGCAAUGACCGGUUUUACACUACGCCAUUGCCUCGAGCUGGUGGACGCCGUUCGAUGUCUUUCACUGCGACGAGUACUCGCUCAUCACUGCGGUCGCCAGCAUCUCCAGCGAUGAGCAGCUAUAACACCAGCUCGACCUCAAUUCUGCCAUCGAAACCCAACACCGAGUAUCAGUCCACUUUAGGAAACGCGUUGAUCGCCGCUUCUCACGCGGAGUCGGCCGGGGGGAUGCACAAUGAUCUUCUGCAGAUCCUCAAUCACGAAAAUCACCCGUGGGGUUUCUCGUAUACGCACUACCCGCAUCGGGUGAGUGUGUGGUAUGGCGAUAAGGACGAGAAGAUUGCGGAAAACGCCGUUCGCUGGAUGGAGCGUAACAUGGGCCAGGACAAGUGCACUGUCAACGUCGUCAAAGGCGCUGACCAUGCCCUCAUGUACAAAAGCAGCGUGGUUGUCGAGGUGUUGGAGCAGAUACUGGCUCACUGGCAACCUGAAUAUUAA